AUGUAUGAUGAUGAAGAGAUGCUGGUGGCAAAAUUUAAUGGAGAGAAAAUAAAUUUGGCGCGCGGUAAAAAAUCAGUGAAAAGGCGGGAAAAAAUUGUUUAUCCUUUUGAGAUUACUUGCGCGGUGGAAAUACGCAAGAAUCACAUGGAUGUGCAGUUGCCUUCCGCUUCAAACAACAAUCAUACUCCAGGCACACUUUCUUCCGUUUUAACAGAUCAUAAUCCGGUUUGGUCAAAUAAAGAAGUAGUCGAAUGCCGAUUCAGCCAAAUAUCAAAUUCUUCGAAUAUCGAAUCAGUCGAAUAUCGAAUCAGUCGAAUAUCGAAUCAGUCGAGUAUCGAAACAGUCAAAUGA